GUUGUAUUCAUCCAGAGCUCACAUCUGGACACAUUCCCGAAGGCGUUGGUCCUUCUACCUUGCACUAUUUAGCAGUACGUGCUGCCUUCUCUCCGUUGCAGUCAUGCCGAUGUUUGUGGUGAACACAAAUGUAGCAAAGGACUCGGUUCCUGCUGAGCUGCUGUCGGAGGCCACGCAAGAGCUCGCCAAAGCGAUGGGCAAACCCGCGCAGUAUAUUGCCAUACACAUCAUCCCAGAUCAGAUGAUGAUGUUCGGUGGAAAAGGAGAUCCGUGCGCGCUCUGCUCCCUCACCAGCAUUGGAAAGAUUGGGGGUGUGCAAAAUAAGCAAUACUCCAAACUUCUUAUGGGCUUGCUCAACAAACACCUUGGCAUUUCACCUGACAGGAUCUAUAUAAACUUCGUUGAUAUGGAUGGAGCCAACGUGGCUUGGAACAGCACCACCUUCGGAUAAAGAAAAGGGAUGUAUGGCUUGAUAUAAGGCUGCGGUUUCUACUCCAGCUUUACUUGGGAGAGGAGCAGUUGGGAGCAUAAUGUCUUUAGUCGAUUUAGUCUUAACUUACAGCAGACACCAUCUUUUGACAAUAAAGUUCUCUUUAAACUGUA